AUGGCUGAAGCAUUUGUUGGAACGUGGAACCUGAAGAGCAGUGAGAACUUUGAUGAGUACAUGAAGGCGCUGGGCGUGGGUUUUGCCACCCGUAAAAUUGGUGGUAUGACCAAACCCACCACCAUCAUUUCCAUUGACGGUGACCUAGUAACAGUGAAGACUCAAAGUUCUGUCAAAAACACAGAGCUUAGCUUCAAGCUGGGCGAGGAGUUUGACGAGACCACCGCAGACGACCGGAAAGUUAAGUCUUUAGUAAGCAUUGAUGGCGGCAAGAUGGUGCAUGUACAGAAAUGGGACGGGAAAGAGACCAGCCUGGUCAGAGAGGUCAACGGAAACGCCCUCACACUGACGCUCACACUUGGAGAUGUUAUUUCCACACGCCUUUAUGAGAAAGCAGAGUGA